CAAUCUCCAAGUCAUCAACAAUCUCAUCCACUUCUGUCACUUUGCCUGCACCUACAGUAAACACUUCAAUACUUCCAUUCAUCCUUUUACUAACUUCUUCUUCUUCUUCUUCUUCUCACUCUGCAUAUUCACCCCAACAAACCAACCCCAUCUCCAAGUUUACACAGGUGGCAUUCAAGAAACAAGAAUUCUCAUAUUUGGUGGGAAAUCAGUGGUUUUCUUUACCUUCAGUAGUACUAAUGAAUGCAUGCCUGAUGGAGUAAUCUUUUCUAUGAGAAAGGGCAGUUGAAGAUCUUCAAAUAAACCUUUUCAUCUUAGAAUCCGUUGAACUAUCAAUAAGUUUCAGCUAUGCAUCUAUUUUCUUACAACUUCUGAAGCUGAUCAGCAGCCGGGACAUUGAAGAAUAUCCAGAAAAGCAUUUCAGGAAUUGGCCUUAUUCUAUCUCUUUUCGUUCCAUUUGAACAAAGGAAGGAUCCCGAAGAAUCGAUCUUUCUUUUCGUUAUUAUUCUUUCAUCUCCUGUGAAGAUAGAAACCGAUGUGAUCUACAUUCUUACUAAUUAUAGGAUCUCAGUGACUCUUUACACAUAAUCUUUUCCUUUCUCCAGAACCUCACCAGAACAUGUGUAGAACAUUGUCUUCCGUAAAUUGUAGAACAGUUUUACCAAAACAAGCGUAGAUACAGGAAAAGCAAUGAGUCAAUUUUCAUUUACUUCUCCUUCGAGCUCUAAUUUCACUCUCUUCUAUCAUUCUCAGAACCACAAUUCUUCAAAGUUUCAUUUUUCCGUCCCCUUCAGAACAUCCCAACCAUCGUCUUCACAUCCUCUUUUACCUCCCUUUUGUUCCCAUGAGUCAUCUUCCUCAUCACCACUUCUUGAAGAGAAUCCAGAAACAUCAAGAUCUUCUUCUAAGUUUGAUAGCCAAGAUAGACGUUACGCUGAUGAAGUUGCUGAUGAGAUCAGCACUACAAAGAAGUCCUUAGAAGAAUUACUUGUGAUUCGUAGGCCGGUGAAGGACCCUUAUGGGGAAGUUGGUGAUGAAAAAGGGGAAGAGAUGCGUAACUUUGAGAAUUCUCAAGACAGAAAUGAUCUCUUGGAAGAGCAGCCAUCUUCCUCGUCAUUUCCACUUGAUGAUGGACUUAGGAAAUUUGCAAAGAAGAUGCCAAUGUUUGAGCCAAACAGGCUGGAAUCAGGUUCUGGAGAGAAGCCACUUAAAGUCAAUUUAGACUUAGCUCUAUAUAGGGCAAAGAUUUUGGCUCGAAAGUAUCAGUACGCAGAUGCAGAGAAAAUUUUGCAACAGUGUAUCGAUGUCUGGCCAGAAGAUGGGAGACCAUAUGUUGCUUUGGGAAAGAUUUUGAGUAAGCAAUCAAAAUUAAAUGAAGCCAGAACUGUUUACGAAAAAGGCUGCCAGGCAACACAAGGAGAAAAUCCUUACAUUUGGCAGUGCUGGGCUAUUCUGGAAAAUAGGAUGGGUAAUAUACGGAGAGCUAGAGAACUAUUCGAUGCUGCCACAGUUGCUGACAAGAAGCAUAUUGCAGCCUGGCAUGGAUGGGCAGUUUUAGAGCUGAAGCAAGGGAAUAUAAAAAAGGCAAGAAAUCUUCUUGGAAAAGGCCUCAAGUUUUGUGGAGGUAACGAGUACGUAUACCAAACUCUUGCACUCCUUGAAGCUAAAGCAAAACGAUAUGAAAGAGCCCGCUAUUUGUUCAAACAGGCUACAAAGUGUAACCGAAAAAGUUGUGCUAGUUGGCUGGCAUGGGCUCAACUAGAGGCUCAGUUGGAGAAUAACCGUGCUGCUAGGCAGCUGUUUGAGAAAGCAGUUCAGGCCAGUCCAAAAAAUCGGUUUGCGUGGCAUGUGUGGGGAGUUUUUGAAGCUAAUCUUGAAAACAUUGACCAAGGAAGGAAACUUCUGACAAUAGGGCAUAUGGUAAAUCCUAGAGAUCCUGUUCUUCUCCAGUCACUUGCUUUGAUAGAAUACAAGCACUCCAGUGCAAACCUCGCACGAGUUUUAUUCCGGAGGGCAUCUGAAAUGGAUCCAAGGCAUCAACCAGUUUGGAUUGCUUGGGGUUGGAUGGAGUGGAAAGAAGGGAACGUUUCCACUGCUAGGGAACUAUACCAGAGAGCUCUGUCGAUCAAUUCAACAACUGAAAGUGCUGCCCGCUGUCUUCAGGCUUGGGGUGUUUUGGAGCAAAGAGCUGGAAAUCUAUCAGCUGCUCGAAGAUUAUUUAGAUCUUCUCUGAACAUAAACUCUCAGAGCUAUAUAACAUGGAUGACAUGGGCAAAUUUGGAGGAAGAUCAAGGUAACUCCGUUCGUGCAGAGGAAAUUCGUAACCUCUACUUUCAGCAGCGUACUGAAGUUGUCGAUGAUGAGUCAUGGAUUAUGGGUUUCUUAGAUGUCAUUGAUCCGGCGAUUGAUAGCAUAAAGAGGCUCUUGAAUUUGGAUCAGAACUCUUAUUACAAGGUAAAAGAGUCUUCUAAUACUACUGCUGGAGAUGACACUGAUGGGAGCGCAGAAGAAUCAACCGGCUCCUCCUCGACUAACAUCAGCACAGAAGAAUCGGCCGGUUCCUCCUCGGCUAACAACAAGGACAAUAGCAUAGAUACAGGAAGUGGUUUCGAUUUAGAUGAUUUUAUCCGCGAAAUGCUGUCUUUGGACCCUUCAAAACUGGAAGUUCAGCUUACUACAUCUCUGAAGGACCCUCCUAAGACUAUCAGAACUGCUAGUGGGGUGUGGCGGCCAACGAGAAAAACUACCAGAACAUCACAAAACCUUUGAUUUUAUGAAGUGUAGUUGUUCAAAUGUAUCUUCUUUAUAUCAUAAUUGGAAUUGCUACAUUCAUUAGAGUGGUCUAAUGAAGAAGUCCCGGACCACGUUUGUAAAUUAGUCAGGAAAAUUGAGAAGAAUUGUAUAAUUUGAUCGAGAGAAAUGCAGUUCAAAUUACCUAGAAAUACAUCUACACAUAAUAUGAGAAGCAUUGUAUAAUAUGUUUUGUCAGAAA